UAAAGCAAGUGGCAGCUUCCCUGCCAGCAAGCACUCAGAAGAAACACAAUGGUGUCCAUGUGUCGGCAGAUGCUGGGGUUCACCCUAGCCAUUGUUGGCUUCCUGGGAACUACCGUGACUUGUGGUCUUCCCAUGUGGAAGGUAACAGCAUUCAUUGGGGCUAACAUCGUCACAGCACAGAUCAUCUGGGAGGGCCUGUGGAUGACCUGUGUUAUGCAGAGCACGGGCCAGAUGCAGUGUAAGAUCUACGACUCCAUGCUGGCACUCCCCCGGGACCUGCAGGCGGCCCGAGCACUGAUCAUCAUCUCCAUUGUGGUGGCUUUGUUAGGGAUCAUCCUUGGAAUCGGUGGGGGAAAGUGCACCAACUUCGUGGAGAAUGAGAGCACCAAGAUCAAGGUAGCCAUUGCCAGCGGUGCCAUCUUCAUCGUGGCUGGGGUCUUGUGUCUUAUCCCUGUGUGCUGGUCGGCCCAGACCAUCAUCAUGGACUUCUACAACCCGCUGCUGACCAGUGCACAGAAGAGGGAGUUGGGUGCCUCGCUCUACAUCGGCUGGGGUGCCGCGGUGCUGUUGAUCCUGGGUGGAGCUCUGCUCUGCAGCUCCUGCCCUCCUCAAGACGAGAAGAUGCCCGUCUACAAGUACUCGCAGCCGCGCUCCACCGCCACCAGCCGAGCCUACGUCUGAAAGGACAGCCACAGAGCAAAGACUGGGGACUAGUUUAUUAAAACGUUCUACUUUGAAAUCUUUCUUCCUGUUCCACUGGUUCUUCUAAGAAGUAGGAAAGGGGCGGCAGUAGUGCUGUGAAGACAAGACCUUCUGAGAUGCGCGAAGGCGAGUGGAGUGAAAGCUCUGCGCAUGGACGAGAGCUGCAUAUUUGCAAUGAUUAUAAGGACAGUUUUGUCUUACAUAAAUUGUCUUAAGGAAAUGUACACAAACGAAUGUAAGAAUGUGAAAUGAUUGCACUGUGUGAUUAAGUAUAAACAGUACUUUAAUAUAUUAAUAACUGGUUUACACAACUUGUAAAAUAG